AUGACAACCAGCACGGGAUCCUGGUGGCUCUGGACGGGCUGCGCGGCCGUCGGCGUCUACACGUACUACUCCCUUCGGCCCAAGCCACGCGGCGCCGCAGAUGACACCGACUUUGCGGGCUUCCUGGCCGACCCCUCUUCCCUGGCAGCGCCAACGGCGCGUGCCGCCCCUCCUCGCGACGAAACCGGCUUCAAUGCUUUCCUGCGCGUCCUCCCCACGGCGCCGGCUGCGGAUCCAACCGGUUUCGACUCCUUCCUGCGCGUCAAGCCAGCGGUGGCUGGCGGCGCCGCUCCGCCAGGGGCAGCUGAACAGCAGGCUAAGCAGGAGGAGGCGGCCCCGCUCGACCGUGCUGGCGUGGCGGUGCUGUUUGGCACUGAGUACGGCUUCUCCAAGGAAAUCGCAGAAAAGCUGUGUGCUGAGCUGAAGGCCGGCGGCGCCUUCUGGCCACGGCUGGUCAACAUGGCGGACCACCCGGAGGGCUACGACCUGGCAGCAGAGCAGGCCGGCGACGGCGUGCCGCCCACCGAGGCGCGCGACUUCUGCGACUGGCUGCUCGCCGGCAAGGCCGGCGCCCUGCCAAACCUCAGCUACUCGGUCCUGGCGCUGGGGGACAAGUCGUACCCGCACUUCUGCCGCUGCGGCAAGCAGCUGGACGCGGCGCUGGCGGCGGCGGGCGCGCGGGAGCUGGCGGCGCGGGUGGACGUUGAUAAGGAGGACUGGGGGGCGGUGGACGGCUGGAUCGAAGUGGUGCAGGGGGUGCUGCCGGGGCUGGGGCUGAAGAGCCUGGCAGAGACGGGCGGCGGCGCAGCGCCCGCCAGCGCAGCGCCUGCCGCCGCCGCCGCCAAGCGCUACUCCAAGGCGCGGCCCUACUUCGCGCCGGUGCGGGCGCUGCAGGGGCUCUGCGUCAUCGCUGACAAGGCGGCUGACAAGGACACCGUGCGGGUGGAGCUGGACCUGGGGGACUCUGGCCUGGCCUACGCCCCAGGGGACGCCCUGGGGGUGUACCCCACAAACAGCGCAGAGGCCGUGUCUGAGCUGCUGGCCGCACUGGGGGCUUCAGGGGACGAGGCCGUCCCAGUGCCCUCCUGGCACUACCAGGAGCCAGAGGCCCACUCCACACUCAUCCCGGGCGCCACAGGCGCGCCCUCGAUGCCGCUGCGCGCGGCGCUGGCGCGCUGCUACGACCUGCGCAGCCCGAAGGGCGACGCGCUGCUGAGGGCGCUGCAGGCGGCGCUGCCGCUGCUCAAGGGCAACGGCGACGCGGCGGCGGCUGCGAACGGCCCCCUGGCCAACGGUGAUGCUGCUGCGCACGCCAAUGGCGGCGAGGCCGCUGCGCCGGGGCCCGCGGCCGGCAGCGCGGCGGGUCAGGUGGCUGAGCUGGCGCGGCUGCUGGGUGACAAGGGCGCCCUGGAGGCCUACCUGGGGCCGCGCCACGUCAUCGACGUCAUCCAGGACUUUGGGGCCGCGGCGCUGACGCACGAGCAGCUGCUGCCCGCGCUGCGCCAGCUGCAGCCGCGGCUCUACUCCAUCAGCAGCUCCCCCCUGGAGGACCCCCAGGGGGUGCAGGCCACCAUUGCGGUCGUGCGCUACGAGGCCCUGGGGGCCGGCCGCGUGGGCGUGUGCAGCACGUUCGUGGCGGAGCGGACGCAGCUGGGUGAUGUGGCGCCCGUCUUCAUAUCCAAGAACCCCGACUUCCGCCUGCCCCCGGACCCGGCCACCCCCGUCAUCAUGGUCGGCCCGGGCACCGGCCUCGCACCCUUCCGGUCCUUUAUUGUGCACCGCCUCAUUGAGGCCGGCGCAGACCCCGCCACCAUCGGCGCAGAUGCCGAGGUGCAGCAGGAGCAGCAGCAGCAGCAGCAAAAGAAGGGCGGCGAGAAGAGCCACACAAAGGCAAAGGCCGCCAACGGCGUCGCCGCGAACGGUGUCGCCGCCAACGGCAGCCUCGCAGCCGCGUAUGAAGCCACCAACGGUGCCGCGAUGAACGGCGCCGCCGACGUGGUCGCGGGCAGCGGCGACCAGGGGCAGCAGCGGCAGUGGGGCUUCGGCCCUACGGUCCUCUACUUUGGCUGCCGGCGCCGCGACCAGGACUACCUGUACGGGUCGGACCUCGAGCGCUGGGCCGCGGCCGGCGCGAUCGAGCUGCACACCGCGUUCAGCCGCGAGCCCGGGCGGCCCAAGGUGUACGUGCAGCAGCGGCUGGAGGAGAGCGCGGACCGCGUGUGGGAGCUGCUGGAAGCUGGGGCCCACUUCUACGUGUGCGGCGACGCCAACAGCAUGGCGGGCGCGGUGGAGCAUGCGCUGCUGCGCAUCAUCGCGGCGCGGCUGCCGGGCGCCGGCGAGGGGGGUGAUGGCGGCGAGGCGGGGGCGCGGGCCUACCUGCAGCGGCUGUCGGAGGAGCACCGCUACGAGAGGGAUGUGUGGUUCAGCUGA